UUUAGACGCCAUUUUGUCAGCCAUUUCCUACACAGAUCUACUGCCAGCGUCUCUGCACAGCUCAGGACGCCUCGUCUGGCCUCAGCAGCUUCACCUGCCCGGGCUCGGUUGACUGCAGCGGACCUUGAAUGCACGGUACCCCCGGGUGGAUGAGAAACUAGUCCCAGAAGACUCCUCUCUCUCUGCAAGGCGGGUGGGUCCACUGGACAGAAGCGGUACAAGUCGCAGACAGCCAUGGCUUUGAAGAUUGUCAAAGGGAGCAUCGAUCGGAUGUUCGACAAAAAUCUCCAGGAUUUAGUACGUGGCAUCAGGAAUCACAAGGAAGAUGAGGCCAAAUACAUCUCCACGUGCAUUGAUGAGAUCAAACAGGAGCUCAAGCAGGACAACAUCGCUGUCAAAGCCAAUGCUGUGUGCAAGCUCACCUAUCUUCAGAUGCUGGGCUAUGAUGUCAGCUGGGCAGCGUUCAACAUUGUUGAAGUCAUGAGCUCCUCGAAGUUCACAUACAAGAGGAUCGGUUACUUAGCAGCCUCACAGUGCUUCCAUGAGAGCACUGAUGUCAUCAUGCUGACGACCAAUCAAAUCCGAAAGGAUCUCAGUAGUCCCAACCAGUAUGAUACAGGUGUUGCUCUGACUGGGCUCUCUUGUUUUGUGACUCCUGAUCUGGCUCGAGAUCUUGCUAAUGACAUCAUGACACUGAUGUCCCACACUAAACCUUACAUUAGGAAGAAAGCUGUGCUUAUCAUGUAUAAGGUGUUUUUGAAGUACCCAGAAUCCCUGCGCCCUGCUUUUCCAAGGCUCAAAGAGAAACUGGAGGAUCCAGAUCCAGGUGUCCAGUCAGCAGCUGUAAAUGUUAUCUGUGAGCUGGCUAGGAGAAAUCCUAAGAACUACCUGUCUCUGGCCCCACUUUUCUUCAAACUUAUGACUUCCUCUACUAAUAAUUGGGUUCUCAUUAAGAUCAUCAAGCUGUUUGGUGCACUCACUCCUCUGGAGCCAAGGUUGGGGAAGAAGCUUAUCGAACCUUUGACUAACCUGAUCCACAGCACUUCUGCCAUGUCUCUGCUGUAUGAAUGUGUCAACACUGUAAUUGCAGUGCUGAUUUCUUUGUCCUCUGGGAUGCCGAACCACAGUGCUAGUAUCCAGCUCUGUGUGCAGAAACUGCGAAUCCUGAUUGAAGACUCGGACCAGAACUUGAAAUAUCUGGGCCUGCUCGCCAUGUCUAAGAUUCUGAAGACUCACCCCAAGUCAGUGCAGUCUCAUAAGGACCUGAUCCUCCAGUGUCUGGAUGACAAAGAUGAGUCAAUUCGUCUCAGAGCCUUGGACCUGCUCUAUGGCAUGGUGUCCAAGAAGAACUUGAUGGAGAUUGUAAAGAAGCUGAUGCUCCACGUAGACAAAGCAGAAGGAACCACCUACAGGGACGAACUGCUCACAAAGAUCAUUGACAUUUGCAGCCAAAGCAACUAUCAAUACAUCACAAACUUUGAAUGGUACAUCAGCAUUCUGGUGGAGCUGACCCGAUUGGAAGGCACACGGCAUGGCCACCUCAUCGCCUCUCAGAUGCUGGAUGUUGCUAUACGGGUCAAGGCCAUCCGAGUCUUUGCUGUUGCUCAGAUGGCGACUCUGCUGGACAACGCCCACAUGCUGACUGGCAACACGCAGCGAAACGGCAUCUGUGAGGUUCUGUAUGCUGCAGCCUGGAUCUGUGGAGAAUUCUCAGAACACCUGGAGAACCCAAUGGAGACGUUGGAGGCCAUGCUGAGGCCCAAGGUAGCCACACUACCAGGCCACAUCCAGGCUGUGUAUGUACAGAAUGCAGCUAAGCUGUUUGCCACUGUGCUGAAGAGUCAGGAGGGAAACACAGACAGCACUACUGCACAGGAAGCCAGUCAGCUAAUGAUUGACAGGCUACCGCUGUUUGUUCAGAGCGCUAACCUGGAGGUGCAGGAGCGGGCGUCUUGCAUCCUGCAGUUGGUCAAGUACAUCCAGAAGCUUCAGCAGAAGGAUGUGGAAGUGUCAGAGGAAGUCUGUGCUCUGUUUGCUGGAGAACUCAACCCUGUAGCUCCAAAGGCACAGAAAAAAGUACCUAUUCCUGACGGCCUGGACCUGGACGCUUGGAUUAAUGAGCCGCCAUCUGAAAGUGAGUCUGAAGAUGAGCAACCAAAGGCAAUUUUUUCAAAGGAGGAGCCGAAACACUCUCGUCCCCGUCACACAGAGGUGGACGAGAAAGAGCUGGCGAGGAGGAGAGAAGCCAGAAAACAGGAGCAAGCCAACAAUCCGUUCUACAUCAAGGCCUCUCCGUCUUCUCAAAAGGUGUAUCAGGAGACUCCUGGAGUGGAACACAUCCCAGUUGUGCAGAUUGACCUCAGUGUGCCUCUCAAAGUCCCAGGUCUGCCUAUGUCCGACCAGUAUGUGAAGCUGGAAGAGGAGCGUCGUCAGAAGGAGAGGGCAGAGAAAAAGAAGAAGGAUAAGAAGAAGAGGAAAGAAAAGCGCAGCGGACGAGGGAAGAAACAUGACUCCGGUCCGGAGAGUGAGGAGGACAUCACACCUGCUCACAUGGUCGACAUUGUAACAGAGGAGAUGCCAGAGAAUGCCUUACCCAGCGAUGAUGAUGAAAGAGAUCCCGCUGACCCACACAAAGCUCUGGAUAUCGACCUGGACAAUUUGGAAUCAGCUGGGAAAAGGCCGCUUGCGGACAGCGAGAAGCUGCCAGUCAGGUCUCAUCGUGCUGCAGAGGUUCUGAAAAGCCCAGCAGAAGAUGAAGAGGGAGAAAAUGUUUCUUCACUGGAACCCAAAAAGAAGAGCAGCAAAGAAAAGAGGGAAAAGAAGAAAGAUAAAGACAAGGAUAGGAAGAAGAGCAAAGAAGAGAAAAAGAAGAAAAAACACAAACAUGAAGAAAAGGAGGAGGAGGAUCUUCUCUGUGGUCAGGCAGAUGAGCCUGCGUUCCAGUCAGAAGAAACCAAUGAAGUGGUGACUCCUCCCACAUCCACCUCUGCUGAUGUUUCGGACCUGGAUUUCUGGCUCUCAAACGCUCCAGUGCCCUCUAACACCCAGGAAGCGGCAACGGUAGCAGCAGCAGAAGCAGCUCCAGCGCCUGGGGCUAUCUCUGUCACAACACCAGACUCGGAGCCUGAAGAACCCAAAGACACUGAAAUGGAGGAGACGAAGUCAUCCAAACACAAGAAGAAGAAGCAGAAAAGGGAAAAGGAAGACAAGGAAAAGAAAAAGAAGAAGAAGCAUCAUCAUCAUCACCAUCACCAUGGUGACAAAGGUGGAGAGGAGUCUGUUCAGAAUGGGACUGUGGAGGAAGAAGAGCCUCUCCCGCCCAUGUCCAAUUACUGCCUGCUGGCUGAGAACUCCUACAUCAAGGUGGCGUACGACAUCCAGGGUAACCUGCAGGAUGGCAGUCAGGUGGUUGUGUCCGUCAUAUUUGAGAACAAGUGUGACAGCUUCCUGAAAUCCAUGGAGUUCAACGUGUUGGAUUCUCUGAACUCCAAGCUGCAGAGGCCAGAAGGCUCGGGCCCUCAUGACAGCCUCACCAUCCCCUUUCAGCUUCCUCCUGGUGUGUCCAACGAGGCAAGAUUUGUCUUCACUGUGCAAAGCAUCAUAAUGCCACAGAAACUGAAGGGAACUCUGACCUUCAUUGUAAAGAAUGAAGAAUCCUCCACUCAUGAGAAACUGGACUUUAAACUGCACUUUACUUGCACCUCCUAUCUAAUCACUACUCCUUGUUACAGUGAUGCUUUUGCAAAGCUUCUGGAGUCAGGAGACUUGAAGAGCAGCUCUAUCAGACUGGAAGGGGUUAACAUGCCCUUUCACCAUCUACUGGCCAGGAUCUGCUUUCACCACCACUUCUCUGUUGUGGAGAGGAUCGACUCCUGUGCCUCAAUGUACAGCAGGUCCAUUCAGGGUCACCAUGUUUGUCUGCUGGUAAAAAUUUCUAGUCAGACGGUGUCCGUUGACGCAAAAUGUGAUGAGCCGACGCUGCUUGGGAAUGUGCUGGAUGAGAUCAAGCAGACCUUUUCUCAGUGCUGAUUGUGUCUGACAGCCCCAUGGUGCCCCCCAGUGACCCCUUCAUGCCAUCCACUCACUCACCCCCUCACCAAAACACGACAUAAUCACGUUACAAAACACUGCGGCUGGCGCUUUCAGCUUUGCCCUAUUUAUUUGUCCUCAAAUUCGCAAGAAUUCCUUUUCCUUCUCCUUUGCAGCCUCAGCUCUGUCGGUCACUCACUCGUACUUGAAGCUGUUUUACAGACUCACAGUCUUCACGCUCCGUCUUCUCUGCAAUGCACUUUGACUUUCUUUUUUUUUUUUUACUUCCUUGUUUUUGAAUCGCCUCCCUGUUCCACCCUGACUUUUCACUGAGCUCCCGUUUCUGAAAUUGCUCAUGUCCUCUGUUCUUUCCUGCAUUAACUUUCCACCCUCCACUCUGCUGGCAGUUCAGUCUGUGACAGUUAUGUAAUGUAAAAUUGACAACUGGAUAUUUGCCGUUGAUGGUUGAAUUGUAUUUUUAUGGUUUUGAAGUUUUACGUUUUUGUCUGUAGUUUUUUGUUUGUUUGAUGUUUUGUUUCUCUCUUCUGUUUGUGCUCUUUGAAGCCCGUCUGCCUGCGCCUUUGUCUCGACCUUUCUUUCCACUCACUGAACAUCAGUGCAGCUCUUCUGUUUAAGCCUGAAAACCCAAUGUGACUGACUGUUUUUCUGUCUGGUCUUACCUGAAGAGAAAAGCAUAAAUAAAGAUAAUCCAGCCUGGUCACCUGGUGUCUGGAGAAGACCCAAUAUUAGGCAGCUGCAUUGAUGAUGGAACAAACUAACCAAAGCAAAAUACACUAAUAGAAAAAUUCACCUUGUAUGACGAUAAGAAGCAUUGUCCGACCUGCUUAAGACUGGAAGCACAUCUGCAGGGUCCUUGUCCGGCUCAGUUGAGUGGUUUUGCUCUGUGCCUUGGCCCCUCCAGUCUCCUAGAACUCCAUACAUCUCUUGAAAACGUCUACUUAAUUGUCUCCCUUUAACGUUAGAAGUUUUGAAAUCUAGUGCAAAUACACGAGGAUAUGAGUGUUCAGCAGAUGGUCAUUGAGUCAUCUUCAACUCCUUGGUUUGUUUUGGUUCUGUUAAUGUUAUUCUAAUAACUGCAUAUUUCUGAAAUGUUCUUGCUUUUGUGUCACCAAUUGAGUCAGGUUGUGGUCAAUUGAACCAUGUAGUAAAACUAUCUAACGGCCAGUAAAUCUGGCUUUCUCUAAGUCACCAUUGGGCAAAUUGGCAUCUACAUUGAGGUAGCAUCCACUCUUUCAUCGGUUCCUGUGAACUAUUGUGCCACUUGAACAUUUGUAUCACAGUAGUUCCACCCAAGAUGGCUAACGUACAUCUGGCAUGUAGUUCUGAGGUUUAUUUGCCCUUUAAGGAACUGCCUUGCCUCUUUUUGUGCAAUAUGUCACGAGAAUCAUGAAAGGUUCUAUUUUAAGAACGAUUGGACCUUCUGUAACAAACACUUUUCAUUUUUGGAUGAAUUAAUUAGCAUCCCUUAUGUCGGAGCUCCUUUUCCCUGCUAUCGUCUUAGCAACAUACACUAGUGAGGCCCUUUUCACAUUUGUCUGCUAUUGUAGAUAACUUUGAUAAUGUCUGUGACCAGAAGGUCAGCCAUUCCACCAGGUAUUAGUCCUGUAGUACAAUCUAAACAGAGGGGAUCUGUUGCUUUGAUUGGAAAAGAUGAUCAUGUGUUUCUGAAAACUACUAGCCAUGAUUCCUAGAAAAAACCUGCCUCGUCAUGCGUAAUGAUCAUUUUGUGCAUAAUAUUAGAAGAAUUUGUAAAUUGCAUGAUUAGAAGUGUACACAAACUGGUCAUUCCAUACUGCCCCUUUUCCUUAUUUUUUCUCUUCUCUUUUUUUAUGGUGUUUACUUGACCUUUCUCUAUUUUUGAUGGUAUUGUUUUUAUCCGUUCUAGGUUCAGACAUUAAAAGAAGUGAUAUCACUGAAUGUUUUAAAUUAUUAAACACAGGGGAGUGAAGGGGCUUUAGUAUUACAACACCAUGAGUGUGGGGCUCAGAAGAAUAUUUGACAGGAGCAGUUCACAUGAAGCCAUGAACUGAGAAGAAGCAACCCACCAUCUUAGUUCUCUUUACAUUUGGGUCAUCAACUUUGGCUUGUGACAUUGAAAUAUUCUCUGAAAAUUGCAUAUUUUAAUGGGCAUGUCUUAUUUUUCCAUAUUCAGGUAUCAAGCUUGCAGUGUACAUUGUCAUGAUGUCAAGGGGGCAACAUAAAUUAUCUGCUCCCUGUAAAGGAAGUCCACCCAAAUUAGAAAUAAAGGCUGUGGGAAGCUUC